AUGGCGAGCGACAAGGGAGAUGACGGCGCGGCGAAGCUCCAGAUCCUCAAAGAUGCUCUCUACGAUGAGAUGAGGCAACAUGGAUCCGAAGCUCGCCCAUUUUCACAAAAAGACCUCAAUGACCUCAACAUCAUCCCCAAUAACGAUGUCAACCUCCUUCUUAGCGUUGUCCAGCGGCUGUGCGAUGACAAGCUCCUGGUCGGCAUAGCAAACCACCAUGCAGGGAUGGCAUGGAGGUGGCGUAGCAGGGAGGAAGCAAAGAAGUACACAUCAUUACCGAACGACGAAGCAGUCAUGGUGUACUCGAUAAUCGACGAGGCCGGCGCCGACGGCAUAUGGAACCGGACGAUCAAGAACAAGCUCAACAUGCACGAGGCAGUAGUGAAGAAUUGCAUCAAGUUCCUCGAGACAAAAGGCUACAUUGCGAGUAUGAAGAAUGUCGAGCACCCGAAUAAAAAGAUGUACAUCAAAGCCACCCUCCGGCCAUCCGAACGAGCGACCGGUGGCCCCUGGUUUACGGAAGGUGAGCUGGACACAGCUUUCAUCUCUGAACUCGAGGGCAUCGUAUUCGAAUACAUCAAGACCAAGAGCGCAUACCGGGGAUCACAACCAGUCCCAGGCGGGGCCGCCGCCUCCGCCGGAGCCACAAAAGCCCCUAAAAAGGGGGUUGUCACAGCAGGCGAGACCACCGCGCGCGGUACAAAACGUUCCGCCACCGAAAUUUCCAACGACGACGCCCCAACCGCCACCGGCCGUGCAGCCAACGGCAGCACCGCCACGGGCACCAAAUCUCGCGCCGUCUUCCUGCCCAUGCCAGCCGGCUACAAACACUACCCGACCGUCGCCGAGAUCGCCAAAUUCAUCCACGACACGGGCAUCACCAACAACACGACCCUCGGCGAAUCCGACAUCCAGCAGCUGGUCGACGUGCUCAGCUACGACGGCCUGAUCGAGCGGGUGCGCGUGGGCCGGCGGCGCGGCUACCGCGUGGCGCGCGCCCUCAAGCAGGACACCGUGCCUUUCCACAAGCGCCAGAAGGAGCGCGAGGCCGGCGUCGGCCUCGACCUACCCCUCGUCCCCGGUGCCGAGCCCCUCGCUAGCGGCCUGACCGAGGCCCCCUGCGGCCGCUGCCCCGUGUUUGACCUGUGCGAGGAGGGCGGGCCGGUCAGUCCAAGUAACUGUGUGUAUUUCUUGCAGUGGUUGGAUUUGGAGGAUCCGCCGAAAGCGGCGGCGGCUAAUGUGGCCCUCCCUUUCAUGAGCGACGGCAGUGCUGUUUAUUGGCGUGCGGCGUGA